CAAAGGUGGGAGGGGGGGGAUGGCUGGGGCUCCGAGCUGAGGCGGGGACGGGUGGGCUGAGCUGAAGCGGGAGCCAGAGCCGGAACCGAGCCUGAGCCGGAGCCCGAGCGGUGCGUCCGCGCGCUGAUGGGCCGGGGCUGACGGCGUGUCACCGCCUCCUGCAGGACCCACCUCGCCUUCCUCUGGGGCUCAGCGGAUGCUCCGGGUCAGGCACCGAUCGGCUUGGGGUGCAGGUCCGAAUCUCCUCGGCUCCCCCGCCUCAGCCGCGCUACCAUGUCCACGCAGAGACUUCGGAACGAGGAUUACAAUGACUACAGCUCCACGGACGUGAGCCCAGAGGAGAGCCCAUCCGAAGGCCUAAACAACUUCUCUUCCCCUGGCUCUUACCAGCGGUUUGGGGAAAGCAACAGCACAACAUGGUUCCAGACUUUGGUCCACUUGCUAAAAGGCAACAUUGGCACCGGCCUCCUGGGGCUGCCUCUGGCAGUGAAGAAUGCAGGCAUCUUGAUGGGUCCCCUCAGCCUGCUGGUGAUAGGCAUCGUGGCUGUGCACUGCAUGGGUAUCCUGGUGAAAUGUGCUCACCACUUCUGCCGCAGACUGAACAAGCCCUUUGUGGACUAUGGGGACACAGUGAUGUACGGACUGGAAUCCAGCCCCAGCUCCUGGCUCCGGAACCACGCGCACUGGGGAAGGCACCUGGUGGACUUCUUCCUGAUUGUCACGCAGCUGGGGUUCUGCUGUGUCUACUUUGUCUUUCUGGCUGACAACUUUAAACAGGUGAUCGAAGCGGCCAAUGGGACCACCAACAACUGCCACAACAAUGAGACUGUGAUUCUGACGCCCACCAUGGACUCCCGACUCUACAUGCUCACCUUCCUGCCCUUCCUGGUGCUGCUGGUUUUUGUCAGGAACCUCCGAGCCCUGUCCAUCUUCUCUCUGUUGGCCAACAUCACCAUGCUGGUUAGCCUGGUUAUGCUCUACCAGUUCAUUGUCCAGAAUAUCCCAGACCCCAGCCGCCUCCCCUUGGUGGCUCCCUGGAAGACCUACCCUCUGUUCUUUGGCACGGCCAUUUUUGCGUUUGAAGGCAUUGGGAUGGUUCUGCCCCUUGAAAACAAAAUGAAGGAUCCUCAGAAAUUUCCGGUCAUCCUGUACGUGGGAAUGGCCAUCAUCACCGCCCUGUACAUCAGUCUGGGGUGCCUGGGGUACCUGCAGUUUGGAGCUAACAUCCAAGGCAGCAUAACCCUCAACCUGCCCAAUUGUUGGCUGUACCAGUCGGUCAAGCUGCUCUACUCCAUUGGCAUCUUCUUCACCUACGCCCUUCAGUUCUACGUCCCGGCCGAGAUCAUCAUCCCCUUCUUCGUGUCCCGUGUGCCCGAGCACUGCGAGCUGGUGGUAGACCUGUUCGUGCGCACUGUGCUGGUCUGCCUGACAUGCGUCUUGGCCAUCCUCAUCCCCCGUCUGGACCUGGUCAUCUCCCUGGUGGGGUCCGUGAGCAGCAGCGCCCUGGCCCUCAUCAUCCCACCCCUCCUGGAGAUCACCACCUACUACUCGGAGGGCAUGAGCCCCAUCACCAUUGCCAAGGACGCCCUGAUCAGCAUCCUGGGCUUCGUGGGCUUUGUGGUGGGGACGUAUGAGGCCCUCUACGAGCUGAUCCAGCCAAGCAGUGCUCCUGUCUUCAUCAACUCCACCAGUGCCUUUGUAUAGCGAUCUGCCCGCCCCGCCCCUGUGUGUUCCCCAGCCCCUGGCCCCAGAGCCUCAGCUAGGGUCCGGGCUCUGGGGAAAGGCGAGGUUGCUGUCCAGGAGCCCCUCUACCCGGCAGCUGGGUGCCCUGGGCCAGGUAGGGCUGAGGGCACAGGUGAGAGUGGGUAGCAGAUAUGCAGAGGCCCCUCUUAGUGGCAGGGCCACCCCUGUUCAUUUGUACUUACAUUAACCCAGACCUUUGCAACUCUUUUCCCUCAUCCUGUCUCCUCCCUUACCUGCCUCCCUCCUUCUGACCCACCUCACCCAAUUAUUCCUGUUGCACAGCUCACUUUAUGUAAAAAUCUUAGCAUCCCCACCUCCUGUUUUCUCCUUUCCAGGCCCAGGCCUGGAUUAAAUGAGUGGGAGGGCUGGGCCUCUCUCUUUCUCAUACCUCUCCCAGAUAUUUUACCUCAGUUUCCUCCAACCUGUUCAAGUCUCCAGGAGGUGCCUGGACCUACCUAGUAGUUAAAAACCAGCCUUCCAGAGCUGGAGCUUUUAAUCUUUACUCUCUCUGCCUGUGACCCUUGGCAACACCUCCUCCAAAUUCCUCGUGUGGGUCACAGUGUUGUAUUCUUAGAUGCUUUACCUUCCGAAAGAUAUCAAGUCCUGCCUAAAUUGAAAA